GAACAUUGGAGGGAAAAGAGGUCUACUCCUCCUCACUCCUCCACUCUUCUUCCUUCAUUCACAGAGAAACCUCUGAGCCGAGACCUCUCUCCUUCUUGGAUGGACCAUCAGAGCCGUAAAACUCUGUUUUUGCUGAUAGCUCUGGAUGGAAACUGAAGAUCUAAAGUGUUUGCUGUAUUUCCUGCUGGGGAUAGCCGAACCACAGUGAGUUUGCAAUGAACUUUAGUCGGAUUUGAGGACCUUCCAGAGUCGCUGUGUGGAGGAGUCAAAACUUAGAGAGAAGGUUUUUAGUCUCUGAAGGAUUCAGUGGGUGUUGUGUGAAAGGAGAAUAGGACUAAUUUAAAAAUUGCCAGUUUUUCAAGCUUUCGCCCCUGGACCACGAUGAGUUCAGACGUGCGUGACCUGAACUCCCUACUGCCCUCCAUCCCGCCGGGCCCCAGUCCCGGUUGCACAGCGCUGCCUGUCAGCACAGCCCCUCAGUGGGCUCCUGUCCUGGACUUCCACACCGCCACUACCCCUUACCCCUCCCUGACUGCUCCCCACUCCUCUCUGGGGCCCCACUCCUUUAUCAAACAGGAGCCCAGCUGGGGAGCCACGGGGGACCCCCACCACCACGACACAGACCCCCACUGCGGCCUCAGCGCUUUCACAGUGCAUUUCUCGGGUCAGUUCACGGGCACUGGGGCCUGCAGGUAUGGGGCAGCAUUUGGUGCCCCCCCGCCUCCCGCUACGGCAGCACCCAACCAGCCUACGCCUGUAGCAGCCCCCCACCACCACCAGCCCCCCAGCAGGAUGUUCAGCAACCCGUCGUACCUGAGCAGCUGCAUGGACACCCAGCCGGCGGCCCGCAACCAGACAGGUUACAGCACGGUGGCGUUCGAUGGAGCCGGUAAUUACGGGCACACUCCUACGCACCACAGCUCGCAGUUCUCCGGCCACUCCUUCAAGCAUGAAGACGCUCUAACCCAGCCGAACACAAUGGGUGAGCAGCAGUAUGCCGUACCUCCUCCAGUUUAUGGCUGUCACACACCUUCAGACAGCUGCACGAGCAGCCAGGCCCUGCUGCUGAGGAACCCCUACAACAGUGGUGACAAUUUAUAUCAAAUGACCUCUCAGUUGGAGUGUGUGGCAUGGAACCCUGUCAGUUCACUGGCGUCCACCAUUAAGAGCCAUGCUCCGGGCUACGACAGCGACCCCAGCACCCCGAUGGUGUACAGCUGCAGCACGCAGUACCGCAUACACACACAUGGAGUCUUCAGGGGUAUUCAGGACGUGCGGCGGGUUCCCAGCAUCGCUCCAACCAUAGUUCGAUCAGAGACCAGCGAAAAGCGUCCGUUCAUGUGUGCCUACCCAGGUUGCAACAAGCGCUACUUUAAACUGUCGCAUCUGCAGAUGCAUGGCCGCAAACACACAGGGGAGAAACCCUAUAGGUGUGACUUCACUGACUGCGGCCGCAGUUUUUCCCGCUCUGACCAGCUGAAAAGACACCAGAGGAGGCACACAGGAGUUAGACCAUUCGAAUGCGAGACGUGUCAGAGAAAGUUCUCUCGGUCUGACCACCUUAAGACACACACACGGACUCAUACAGGUAAAACAAGUGAGAAGCCGUUCAACUGCCGGUGGCCGAACUGUCAGAAGAAGUUUGCACGAAGCGAUGAGUUGGUGCGGCACCACAACAUGCACCAGAGGAAUCUCACCAAGCUCCAGCUUUCCAUCUGAGUCUGAGUUACAGUUUUAAACAUGCAGCUUAUUCCUAAUGUGGAAGUUACAUUUCCUGAGCUGUCCGUAGAGUCAGACUGAAGAGUUAAAGUUUUAGGUUUCGAGAAAAACAUCUUAAAGUUUCAGAAUCUCAACAAAACUGUCCGCUGGCAUCAGUCCUGGCUUUCUGGUGUUAUUGUCAUGUAGACUGGAGCGUGUUGUGGUUUGAAAUCUUGUUUAGACCUUGUGUCUCAACUGGGAGACUUACAAUACUGUGCAAAAUUCUUAAACCAUCCACAAUUUCUUUAUGCUUUGCUUCCAAUGCGUGGCUUUUCCUCAGAUUCUUUUAAGGUUGUACAGUUAAAUAUUUCUCAAGGAUUUAUGAAGGUCUUUUUAAGUUUUAUUCUGUCAAAUUCAGUUGCUUUGUUUCAAAUGUAAAUCAAGAUUUUCUCAUUGCUGCAGGUUAAAAAGAAAACAUUUUAAAGAAAACCCAGUUUGUUUAAGAAAAACAGGCAAGAAUAGACCAAAAAAAAAAAACACCCCAACAUUCACCUGACUGAGACUAUGACACUUUUCCACCAAACCAAUUAGAGCGUUGAACUGGUGCUGGUGCUACCGGAAGCAUGGACUCUCACCAUAAAGCUGGUUCUGCCUUUGCACCAAGUUCUUUGCUGGUCCAGAGGUAAUAUGACGACCUUGUUUAAAACUUAAUGUCAUUUAAAAUUUCAAUAAAAACAAUAAUCUUAAGAAUUAGUAAAAA